GUCGUCUUCUUCCUCGCGUCGUCCCCGUAUCCACGCCCGCAGCCUUGCCGUCGCCGUCGCCUGGCUGUGUCCAGGAGCUGGUCCCCGUCGUCACCCGCUCGUCCCCGUCGCCUGGCUGCGCCCAGCCUUGUCGCCGCCGGGCCCCUCCACGCGCCCAGCCUGGCCGUUGCCGUGCCCUGGUCCUCCUCCUCGCGCCCAGCCUUGCCGUCGCCGCGCCCAGGCCCUCCUCCUCGCGCGCCCAGGUCCUCCUCGCGCCCUGGCCCUCCUGCUCGCGCGCCCAGGUCCUCCUCCUCGCGCCCUAGCCCUCCUCCUCGCGCCCAGGUGCUCCUCGCCCAGGUACUCCUCGCGUCGCCCAGAGCAAGGAGAAGCAAUACAUUAGCAAGAUACGAGAUCAAAAUCAAUUCCACUAUAGUGGAGUACAAGAUCCAUGUGCUUGACAGUGGAGUAUAAGAUCAAGAGGAGUAGCUUCGAGAGCAGCAAUAAAUCACAGUAGCAAUAAUUUCUCAUCAUAGCACAACACCAGAUCAGGAGAUCUUCAAAUUACUCCAGAUCAAGGAAUCAGGUGUGCUCCAGAUCAAGAUCAAGAGUACAGGAGUAGGACAACAAAAGAGAUCUUCAAAUUACUCCACAUCAAGAGAUCGAUAGCUCAGGAUUAGGACAACAAAAGCAUUAAGAGCAUCAUUAACACAACAGCUGAUCAAGAGGAGCAGUUGAUCAAGAGGACCAGCAAGAACAACAGCAUUAUCAGCAGUAUCAAUAGCAGGCGGCAUUAUUAGCAGCAUUAUCAGCAAGAGCAGCACCAGCACAACAACAGUAGCAAGUGGAGCAACAGCACAGGAUCAGUAGCAAGAGGAGAAGCAGUAUCACAUCAACAGUACCGGAACAUAGCAGCAGCAGCACAAAAUGCUCCCAGACCUGAACUGCUCACCACCCUCAGGAGAAGAAGAAGCUGAUGUGAAUAUGGUCCAAGAAGAAGAAGUAGCAGAUGUCCAAGAAGAAACAUUAAAUGUCCAAGAAGAAGCAACAGGUGUUCAGCAAAUACGAAGGCAAAGAAAGUCACUAACAGAUGAGCAGAGAUAUGCUGCUUACAUGGCAAUGCUUACGCUGAAUAUGAGUAGGGGUGGCAAGUUCAAAAGAACUGACAAGAAGGAUGUUGCUCGAAUUUUUCAAGCUGAUAUUCAAGUUAUUCAGAGAAUCUGGAGGACAGCAGAGCGACAAAAAGAGCUUGGUAAGGAGGUGGAUGUGUCCAACCAAAAGAAAAGAAGAUGUGGAAGGAAAGGAAAGGAUAAUGUCCUAUCUCAAAUCCCCACAGUUCCAUUGAAUAGAAGGUCGACUCUCAGGUCACUUGCUCGCGCAUUGGGUGUCAGUCAUACUACACUCUACCAGAAACUCAAGCUUCACAAGAUUAGGAGGCACUCCAAUCGUUUGAAGCCAAGCUUGAAAGAAAAGAAUAAAAGAGAAAGAAUCAAGUUUUGUAUGUCGAUGCUUGAUGAGACAACUUUAGCAGCUACAAGACCUAAAUUCAUCAGUAUGCACAACAUUGUGCAUAUUGACGAAAAGUGGUUCUAUAUGACAAAAAUGAACAGAAACUACUACCUCCUCCCUCAUGAAGAUGACCCGGUCAGAACCAUUCGGAACAAGAACUGUAUUGGCAAAGUAAUAUUCCUGACCGCUGUUGCUCGACCCAGAUAUGAUGCUGAAGGCAAGGAAUGCUACCGCCUAUGAUACAUUUCCCUCGUGAAGUUUAUGAUAAUGCCAUGGAGAUUCUAGGACAAGAUGUCGACUGAGCAUGCAGUGGAGUAUGUUGAGACUUGUAGUGCUAUGAUGAGACUUGUUUGUGGAAAUGCAUCCAUGGAGUCUUUUUUGUCGAAAUGGAUUAUAUUGUUUUAAAGUUGUUUGUGGAAAUGGAUUAUACGCCUCACUCUCCUAGAUGCAGAGGCCGGGGGUCAUCCUCCUUUUCUAAAAAAAAACUACUCUUACAAGGAGUACUUUCAGACUUCCAGUAGAGUACUCUAACUGCUCCU